AUGCGCGACAAGAUCGACACAUGGGAAGUAAUGAAGCGAGAACUGAAGGAGCAAUUCCUCCUGGGGAAUGCUUCUUGGUUAGCCCGCGAGUCCCUCCGCCGUCUACGCCAUACUGGUUCCACAAGAGAAUAUGUAAAAAGCUUCAGUUCCCUUCUGCUUGACAUCCGUGAUAUGUCAGAGCAGGAUAAGCUGUUCAACUUUUUAACCGGACUGCAACCGUGGGCCCAAACCGAGCUAAGAAGAUUGGAUGUGAAUGACCUACCUUCGGCCAUUGCUGGGGCCGAUCGGUUGGCUGAUUACAAAACCAUUGGCUCAGUCAGCGCCGAGCCAAGUAAGCCCUCUGCCAGAGACAAGGGGAAGGGCAAAGAAUGCCCGCAACGCGGCAGAGUAAGUGCGAUCCAAAGUCAAGAGGAGGAACAAGAUGAUGUGCCUUCUAGGGUGAACCCGCUGCAGAUGCUAGGCGCGAUGCAGGCCGGUGCCCAUGUGCCACAUAAGGCCCGUGGCUUGAUGUAUGUGAAGAUCAAGAUCAAUGGGAAGGAAGUUAUGGCUAUGGUUGACACCGAUGCAACCCAUAACUUUGUUGCUGACAGAGAGAUCAGCAAACUUGGGCUAGAGAUUGCUCAACACCGCUCGAAGAUGAAGGCGGUGAAUUUAGAAGCUCAGCCAGUCAAGGGGCAGGCCACGACUGAGUUACAAAUUGGGUCAUGGAAGGGUCGGGUGGAAUUCAUGGCCAUCCCCCUUGAUGAUUUCGACGUCAUCCUAGGAAUCGAGUUCCUAGCCGCGGCGCAUGUGGCUGUUAUGCCACACUUAGGAGGGAUUUUCAUUGCGGCACCGGAGAAUCCAUCCUUCAUACCCGGGCGCUAUGAGGCAGCCAAGGAGAAGAAGGCAACCUUGCUCUCUACCAUGCAGCUCAAGAAGGGAUUGAGGCGUGGAGAGCACACUUACGUGGCGACAUUAGUGGAGAUGAAGCCCGACGUAUACUCGGAUGUGCCUAGUAGAGUUGCAUAUUUGAUGGGGCGGUUUGAAGAUAUCAUGCCGCCCAAGUUACCUAAGGUGUUGCCUCCGAAGAGGAACAUUGACCACAGAAUUGAGCUGGAACCCGGGGCAGUUAUACCGGCGAAGGCUCCUUAUCGGAUGGGUCCAUCAGAGUUGGUGGAAUUGAGGAAGCAGCUGACCGAGCUGUUGGAAGGUGGGCUGAUUCGACCGAGCAAAACUCCAUACGGGUCUCCUAUUCUGUUCCAAAAGAAGACGGACGGCUCCUUGCGGAUGUGUGUGGAUUAUCGCGCCCUCAAUAAGAUCGACUUGAGAUCAGGGUACUGGCAAGUUAGGGUGGCGACCGAAGAUGUGGCCAAGACUACGUGUGUGACUCGCUAUGGGUCAUAUGAGUUCCUAGUUAUGCCUUUCGGCCUAAUCAAUGCGCCUGCCACGUUCUGCAACCUGAUGAAUGAUGUCUUGUAUGAAAGGUUAGACCGGAGCGUUGUUGUCUACCUUGAUGACAUCUUGGUCUAUAGUGCCUCGGCCGAGGAGCACUAUAGCCACUUGGAGUGGGUGUUUGAGAAGCUGCGAGAGCACCACCUCUACAUAAACAAGGGAAAAUGCGAGUUCUGUUUGGAGCAAAUUAAUUUCUUAGGGCAUAUCGUCGGACAUGGUGAAAUCCGGAUGGAUCCAACCAAGGUUGUUGCUAUCGAGAAGUGGCCACGACCGAGCUGA